AUGUAUAAGCUCGAUCUUUUCAAACAUUCCAUUGAUCCGCGUAAAUUUGAACAGCAUCCAUUCUACAACAAAUCAGAACCAACAUUGACAACUGAAGAACAACCGUUACAUAUUAUAGUCAGUCGCCCUAUCCCACAGACGAUUCCUACUGAAAUCGUGCUGUUGACGCCACGUGAAAUGCCAACCACUAUGUAUUCAGUUGUAGGACAACCUGUCCCUCAGCAUAUAAUUUAUUCUGAGCCCGUACCCCUUGAAACUCACUAUACAUCCCCCAUUUUGUACAGUAUUACCGGACGGCGUCUCACUCCAGAAGCUUCAACAGCAACAACCACACGAGAAGUCAUCGAACCAACUGUAUACUCUGUCAUUGGCUAUAAACCUCAAAAUAUCAUUUCUGAGCCAAUUCAGGAAGAACAACCACAUGUGUAUAAUGUUUCAGAUCGUCCGAACGUUAUCGUGCAACCCACGAUAACACGCGAUAUCGAACCGACGUUAUAUUCAAUUACUGGCUAUCAUUCGCUAUCUCGAACUAUUGUAAAUGAGCCGCCAUCGCCAUCAGGCGCUCCGCAUCUUUAUUCAAUUAUUGGACAACCCUCAGAGUUAUAUGUAACGGAAGAAAAAGAAACGCCAAUCCCUCUACCACAAAUGGCAACAGUUUAUUCUAUCGUUGGGCAACCACAGCAAUCUUUUGUGAUUAAAGAAAAAGCAAUCCCAUCGCCUUCAAUACCACAGGAUGCAGUACUUCAUACUAUAGUGGGUGCUCCCAUUUUCGCUCACAUCUCACCAAUACAGUUCUCUGAAACUUCCGAUAGGGUAACUGAACAGCAAAACAUAUUACCCACGCUUUACAGUGUUAUUGGCAAACCAGAAGAACAACGUCUAGCACUGACGCACAAAAUAAGCGAUGUUGAUACAAUUCCAACGCUGUAUUCGAUUAUCGGGCAGCCAAGAGUACCGCGCAUAGACAGACCGGUCGACCAGCCAGUUUAUCGUCCACUAACAACAGCAAAAGAAAAUGUAGAUCCGAUGAUGUAUCAUCUAAUAGGGCGCCCAAAAAUGCCCAGCCUGGUCCAACAUCAUCAGCCACCGGCAGAAAAAGUGAAUAUCCAACCUUACUUGUAUCACUUAGUCGGACAACCAAAAGUACCGAUUGUAAGUCUACCUCUACCAGUAGUAAAAGAAACUAGGCCCCCACAGACGUACAAUGUAGUGGCACAGUCGAAAGCACCUACCAGUGUACCAUAUCAUGUUGAUCCAUACCCAAAAAAUAUUAACAUGCACACAAUUGGUGGAGCUCCUCAGCAACAAAUUUCAGCCUAUACCAUUCCUAUGACAAUACAACAGAAAACGGAGUCCCCAGUUGUGACUGAAACACACAUACCUCUUCUGAAAAAAACACCAACAUUAUACUCUGUUGUUGGAAAGCCUGAGAGGCUGACAUUGUUACAUCAGACGAAACCUGAAAAGUCGCCAAGCAUACGUGCGAGAUCGAUUACCAGAGCAGCUACUCCGCCACCCAGGCGAACUUCGAGUCUACAAAAUAAACCAAAACCGCAGCAUCAUCAACGACCUGUUCACCAUUUCCAACCUGUAGAUAAGUCUGAAGAGAUAAUUUCUUAUUCUGUUAUUGGUCAUCACUCCCCAUCGCUGGAAGAACUUGUACGUAAACCAGAAAAACCAAUUAUUCCUCCACAGUCACGUCAACAUCAUCCGGCUAUAGUUACAAAAUCUCAGUCGCCUGCACAACAAAGAAUCGAGCGAAAACAAUCGCCGCACGAAUAUCGGACAUAUAAAGCACCACACCCAAGAGAAAGUAAUAAUGUUAUUUCAAGAUUCCCUGAGCCGCCACACGCAGUACGGAAUCCGACCAGAAGAACGGACUAUGGUUACGUUCGCCCUCCACCAAAACCAGAAACAAUUGAACGGGUGCCACUCGAUACUGGGCGAAAAUGGAAUUUUAAUCAAGACAGUGACGAGCGAAGACGCAAAAGAAAAGACGAUAGAGUACCGCGUCCUCGAAAAGCAUGGAUGCCUGUUUGGAUAUAA